CAGGUCCCAAAACAGUUUUUUUCUGGGCACCUCUUAUGAAAUGGGGUUUGGUAUGUGCUGGAAUGGCUGAUAUGACCAGACCAGCAGAAAAGCUGAGCACAGCACAGUCUGCAGUGUUAAUGGCCACAGGCCUUAUUUGGUCAAGGUACUCUCUAGUUAUUAUUCCUAAGAACUGGAAUCUGUUUGCUGUAAACUUCUUUGUUGGCUGUGCUGGUGGCUCUCAACUCUACCGAAUAUGGAGGUAUAAGCAGGAGCUCAAAGCAAAACAACAAAACUAGCUGCAGCAAAGAGAUGCUUAACCCACAGCUCAAACCCAACAAUGCACAAAGCCUUCCCCAUGGGACCUAGCUUCACUAAUGUUUUUUGAGAAAAUAAAAGAGGAAAUCUAAAUGUUUAGAGAGCAAGUGUUUUCUAAGUGCAAAUAACAAAGUAUCUCUGUACACUUCAGUAAAGUGCAACCU